UAGGCGGGGCCGUGAUCUAGGCGAGACUCUCAAAGGCUGCUGGAGGGCGGAGAACAGGAGGGAGAGGCCCAGCAGCGAGGGAGGACCGAGUUUUCACUGCUCAGAGACCAUUCCGAUGCCCCCAGAGAUUCUCUGAGCGUGGCAGCCUUUGGAGGGAUGGCCACAGUGCAGGAGAUCAGCUGUGCAGCGCGGACCGGAAUCUCAACCCACAUCUCGCGAGAACUCAUUCUCCAAGAGGGUCUGGCGAGGACUGCUCCAGGAGUCCGGGUUGAAGCUGUGGAGCAUGGGUUUUAAACCUGGGAAUUGACUGGGCGUUUCCGUUGGCGGAGUCUCUCGACAGGAGCCAUAUACUAAAGACAAUGUCUGGAAGCUUCUACUUUGUAAUUAUUGGCCACCAUGAUAAUCCAGUUUUUGAAAUGGAAUUUUUGCCAGCUGGGAAAGCAGAAUCCAAAGAUGAUCAUCGUCAUCUGAAUCAGUUCAUAGUUCACGCUGCUCUUGACCUUGUGGGUGAAAACAUGUGGCUUUCAAACAACAUGUACUUGAAAACUGUGGACAAAUUCGAAGAGUGGUUUGUGUCAGCAUUUGUCACUGCAGGCCAUAUGAGAUUUAUUAUGCUUCAUGAUAUAAGGCAAGAAGAUGGAAUAAAGAACUUCUUUACUGAUGUCUAUGAUUUAUAUAUAAAGUUUGCAAUGAAUCCAUUUUAUGAACCCAACUCUGCUAUUCAGUCAAGUGCAUUUGACAGAAAAGUUCAAUUUCUUGGGAAGAAGCAUCUUUUAAACUGA